AUGGCCCUAGGACUACAAUCUAUGCCCGAGGAGAGCCAGAACAUUCACCAAACCGCCAACGGAGAAACAUGGCUGAGCUAUUGCAUGAGAAAUGCACAAUCUACCUUGCCCGAACUCAUGUCCCGGGAUGAAGACCUCGUUGGCCUCCAAGUAAUCGUAUCCCUGGCACUCCUAUUCCAGGGCUCUGUUGAUUUCAGACCAUCGAGCGUUCUUCUUGGAAUGGCGAUCAGGCUCACGCACAGGAUGCAAUUGCACCAAAAAGACCCAGGUCGGCAUUAUUCUGACGGAGAGGCCCAACAAAGAUCCAACGUGUUCUGGAUCACAUAUCUUCUGGACAAGGACAUAAGCCUCCGGAUGAAGACUCCCUCUCUCUUAUCAGAUGAUGACAUCAACCUCCCGCUUCCCGACCGUGAUUCAACAACAAACGGGGGCUUCAUUCAUUCCCUGCAUGGGGAUGCUUCCCUCAACAUGCUCUAUCAACGUGCUAGACUAGGUCAGAUUGAGAGUAAAAUCAACGCUCUUAUCUGCUCAAAUCACUACCUAGAGUUUGAGACCAACACGAGGCGGGAGCGCGUGGCAAAUUUGAACGCGAUGCUGGAGGAGUGGUACUCUGAGAUCCCAGCUACCUUCAAGCCUGCUAAUGCUCCCAGCUCUCUCAAGCCCGUAAAUUUGGCCCAGGUCAUGUAUCUCCACCAGGUGUACUUGUUUUGCCAGAUCUGUAUACACGGAAUAUGGAGCGCCAAGUCUGAGUGGAUGUGCAAGAUUGGGUCAUUCAGUAAGGCAGCAAUUGAGGAUAUCAUGGUGACGAUCCAAGGCCCGAGAGUCACCACCUGUCUACAGUUGCAGGAGCCUCCCUCAAUAGCGGGAUGGAAUGAUUGUGUCUCUGUCACUCGGGAGGCCAUACAAUUAUUUCUGCAAGCACCCCUCGCAAGUUCCUCAGCAUGGCUAUGCACUUGUGCCCAAUAUUCAGGCAUGAUCAUCCUUCUAGCCGAUAUAAUUAUUCAUCCGUCCACAACAACCAUGUCCCAGGAUUUACGACUAGUCAAGGCUUCGAAGCAGAAAUAUGAUCAGUUUCUCGGUGGUGCUCCAUCUCACCUACACGAAUCCUUGAAUCUGAUAAUAGACGACCUCCUCAAACGUGCAGGUAGCUAUUGCAAUGAUGAUAACGUUGACCAUCCCAGCGGUAGAGAUUCGGGCAAUGCACUCUCGUUGGGGAUGGACUCAUCAGAAAUGCUGCUCAGUAACAGUCUACCAGAACUCAGUUACGAGGACAUCCAGGCCAUGAAUUUUGGCUUUCCCGAUUUCAUGUCUCCUCGAAUAAAUGAGGAAAAUAUGUUUUUGGGGCUUGACGGAUAG